GUCAUGCAGUUGCUCCCAUUGGUAGGAUCGUUCAUUGUGCUCGCCCAAGGUCAGAACUGGCCCAGCGAUUCGCUUAUUACAUCGAUCCGCUGUUGGGAGAUCGUCGAUCCAGGUCACUGCAAAGGCAGCUUCAAAAUGUUUGGCUAUGAUCCCUACGCCGGCUUAUGCAUACCCUUCUUUUAUACUGGCUGUGGCGGCAAUCCGAAUCGCUUUCAAUCCGAAAUUGAGUGCAUCAACAAGUGCAAGAUGACCAGCGAGGAGCUGGAGUACGACACCAGCUCUUCAAGCAUGAACCAGGGAUCAGGCGAUGACGUAACCGACCUAGUCAACAUAGAGCAAUCAGUUGAAGUCGGAAGUGGAAGCAGUGAAAAUUCAGAUAUUAGUGAGCCAAUAAUAACCGAAGAGUACUAUGACAAAGAAGUAACUCCGAAACCGAUCGAAGAUGAUGAGGGUUAUUUCCAUAAUCAUAGUGACAAUGAAAUAUCAUCAGAAAGCUAAAUG